CCUCAAAGUUCCCCGCGCCUUGUAUUCUGCAUUUGGAAUAAUCCGAAAUAAAUUUGCUGUAAUUCUGUUUACAACUAUAUUCUAAAGUGUGUAUUAAUGAAUAUAGUAUUUAUUCAUAUUAAAUGCUUCAUGCUUUUUUUCUCCAUAAUAGAUGCUUAGGUUUGAUGUGACCUUACGUUAGAUAAUUUACAUUUGACUGCGUCAAAAAACAGUGAAAUCAUGUUACGUGUCAUCAAACGAUGCGUUCACUGUCACAAUAACAACGAAUGAAUAUAAACACUCAAUCUGCAGAUAGAAAAAUCAGCGGGGCAGGAAGUAACACACAACUACAGGAUGCAGGUCAUCAGGUCGGCAGAGAGAUCUCCCCGGUGACCUGCGUGUUACCGAUAACUAUAUCUUGAGCAAUACGCGCACGGUGCACAUGUGCGCGUUCACACACUCCAGCUGAUCCAGCUGCGAUCCUCCUCCGCCGUCAUCAGAAACAGACGUCGCUUCCCGUGACGCUAAGAGCACAGGAGGCGUGUCAUUUAUCUAAAAAAAAAACACACACAUUUCCUCGUUUCAUCUGUCGUCCUGGCGGUGUGUCUCUGCGUAAAAGGUGCAAAGUGAGAGGCUCCGUGCACGCAGCCGCCUGUGAAGCGUUGCUGAACAACAAACUGACAUCAUCACAAUGCGACUCUCCCACCGCGAAGAGCCCGACACAUUCUAGAGGACGUCAACAAUAAGGGGGACCGAGUGGGCCGAACCCUCACAAACUCACACAUCCGUGCGUGGCUCUGUUCAUGCACGUGCACCGCGGCUGCAGCCGUCUGCCGCGCGCAUCUGUCUGUCUGCGCAGGAGCCGAGACGGACGGGCCCGGCGGCGAUGAUGAUGAUGAUGGCGGACUGCGUCGGCUUCCAAGCGCAAAUCGCCUCCAUCAUCGAGAUCCUGGCCAACUCUGCCGUGGCGGAGAUCUGCAAGCUGGUGGACGACGGCUACGCGGCGCUGCGCUCCCAGAUGGAGCGCGAGCGGGAGAAGAGCGCGCGCGAGAACGACGCGCUGCGCACGAAGCUGCGGGACAUCGACAUGAAGGUGCGCGGCUACGAGAGGAAGAUGAGGAGACGGGGUCGGCGAGAGGAAGCCCCCGCCGCUCAUUUGGGGCUCCCCGAAGGAGACAACCAUCAGCCUGUGGUGCCGCCUCUUCCUGCCCCUCCUAUAGACAAACCCUGCCACCACAUUUCCAAGGAGGAGCCCAAGUUGUUGCUGCUGGUGAAGCAGGAGAAAGUGGAGGGAGAUGACUGCAACCUGGACCUGAAGGUGGAGGUCAACAUUAGGGCAGAGUGUGACCUGUCUACUGCCUGUUCUCCUGUGGCUGUCGGUUCAUCUUCAGCCAUGGAACCCACUGAGGACCCCCCCCCGUGUGACGUUGGUCCCGACAGCAGUCUCAACAACAUUCCAUGCACCAACCAGCCCUCCUCUUCGCCGACUGACUCCACGAUGGACCUGACCCGCGGGCCUCGAGAGAAAACAGAAGCCACCAUGCCUCCGGGAAACAGUUUGACAGCCGGUAGCGGGGGGGUCGCGGCCCACGGGGUCGUGCGCAGGGACCUAACAGAGGGUGCUGUGAAGCCUGAGAUCCAGACAGAUGAUCCUACACAAGAGGCACUUCAUCCCAAUCAGCUGUCAGCCGCUGUAGGCCCGGAUGAGCCGAGCCCCGACGGCCUCCACAGCCUGGGCCUGGACCUGGCCUGGAUGCAGGAGCGGGUCGGCCAUCUCGGUGCAGUCUAUGCAGCGGCACAGCUGGGUUUGGGGAACGCAGACAAUGGCCAUCCCUCUGCCCCCUUCCCCUCGCAGGGAGGAGACAGCGUGGACGGCCCUGCAGCCAUGCUGUUCACAGGCAGCACCCAUGAAAUGGCGGCCUUCGCCGCGUCCUUCGACAUGGCCGCCGCCGCCGCUGCUGCGGUUCCUCCACCAGCCCCUGUGCCUCCUCCACCUCUUCCCCCCGCAGCUCCCCCUGCCACCACGCCCAGCCCGGGGAGGCUCUACAGGAGCGCCGCCGCCGCUGCCAAAGAGCCCGCGGCGUGUGCCGUGUGCGGCUGCGUCUUCCCCAGCGCGGCAGCCUUGGAGCUGCACCAGCGGGUGCACACGGGGCAGAAGCCCUACGUCUGCCCCCACUGCGGUAAGGGCUUUGCUCAGCCCAACAACCUACGGGUCCACCUGCUCAUCCACACUGGGGAGAGGCGCUACCGGUGUACGCUGUGCGGGAAGAGCUUCAUCUCGUCCAGCCACCUGAAGAGGCACCGCACGGUGCACACGCAGGAGAAGCCCUACAGCUGCUCGCGGUGCGGACAGUCCUUCAGCCAGAUGUGUAGCGUUCGGAGACACCGGCAGCAGUCCCAGUGUGGCCUCCCUGCAGCAAAAUACCGGUAUUUGUUAAACGGCGAAGCGGCCAGCAAGCCACCGAGUGCGGCAACAAUGUCCAGCCGUCUGGCCUUCCAGACCCAGCUGGCCUCCAUCAUGGAGGUUUUGGCUAACGCCGCAGUGGCGGAGAUAUGUAAGCUUGUGGACGACGACUACGCGGUGGUGAGUCUCCAGAUGUCUCAGUGCCAGAGAGAGAACAAAGCCCUGAAGAGGAAGCUGCAUUUCAUGGAGCUGAAGAUGGCCCGUGGAAACGCCGAGCGGAGGCUGCGGGAAAGCGCCGUGAACGGUGGCCGAGCGAGGGUGCAGAUCCACGGCAGCGACCGGCUACCCUCGCCUUCUUCCGUUGGUGUCUUUGAACAACGGAUGGCCGUGGGCCUGUGGCCCAGUCAAGCUGCAGCCGGGGCUGCAAGCAACAAGCCGAUCCAUUCGGACAGCAUCCAGAGUACGUCUCCAGAUGUGGAGCUGGUGGAGCCGGAGGUUGUGCUGGUGAAGGAAGAGAUGGUGGAGGCAAGCAUGUCAGGGGUUGAACAAUCGGUGGAAAACGUGCCGAUUAUUGGCGAUGAUGGAGUGGUAGAGUGUCUCCCUCGAGGACCUGCAGGACAGAGACCCAGCAUUGAACUUCAGGACACUCAGUCCACUUCCAGUCAAUCCCACUCCCAGACCCAAAGCAACAGGACAAGACGUACCGGCAGCAGCAGAGGAGUGGAGGCGGAGAAGCCGGACGUUGUGCUGGUGAAGCUAGAAGAGAUGGAGCCAGCCUCGAGCGCGAGGAGCCAGUCAGGCCUCAGUGUACAAGAGGGCUUGGUGGAGUCGAGCACCGAUGACUACAGAGCAGUUCUACCGUUCGAUGAAGUGACACUAAUGUCCACCAAUCAGCUGUGUGACCUGCAGGAGUCCGGGCCGGGCUUGUCAGAGGUCAGCUAUGGGCGUUCUUCGUUGUGGACCAAUGGGGGAGGUAGUCAUUGUCAUGGCGAUAGCCUGCCGGGGCCGUCCUCGCAGUGCGCCCCGCUCAGAGAGCCUGCGGGUUCUGGGAGGGGAUCGGCUGCUGAGGAUUCAGCAGGGAAGGGGCUGGCUGUUGGAAGCUCAAGAGGCUUCCGCACUGCUCCGUCCUUUCAGCAGCACGCGGCCGUUAUCGACCUGUCAGAGGAGCCGCAGCCCGUUCAGGCUUUAGGAAGGAUACAGGGACCCCAGCAGUUCAUGGACCCAGGUCUAGGUCAGGCCCGGGGUGCGAGGAGGAGGGCUAGCAUCUGUAGCUUCUGCGGUAAGGGAUUCACCUCGCCGGCAAAUUUAGAAUCCCACCUCAGGACUCACACGGGGGAGAAGCCCUUCGGCUGCAGCAUCUGCGGCAAAAAAUUCUCCCAGUUCUGGAACCUGAAGAUCCACAAGAACAUCCACACCGGAGAGAGACCAUACAAGUGCUCGCUAUGCCCCGAGAGAUUCUCUGACCCUAGUAACCUGAAAAAACACCAAAAGAGACACCACACGGAGACACACUACUUACAGUCAGGGACAACUUAGAAGAGCUGAAGAUGCUGUUGUUAUGUCUCCGUCAUCAAUAACAAACCUUGCAUUUUAAACUCAAACCACAAAUGAAAGUUACAGACAGCUGUAAGAUGAAAAGACCACAUCUGUCCUCGUGUCAAAGUCUUCUGUUGGUAAUUAUUUUCCAAUCCCUGAUGGAGGUUCAGACUCGCACAACAAUUUUAACUUUCCAGCAUGGAUUUAUACACAAGUCAACAUUUUUCCAAAUGAUUUGUAAAUUCUCACACAGCUUCCAUCACGAAGACGUUAAGGAUGGUCCCUAAUGAACGUGAAGGGAGUUGCGCGGGAGCACAGCUGAGCUGCUAGGAGGCUUUUAAUGUAAAACAUAUUUGCAUGAAAGGGUGGUGUCAUUGAAAGACGCCAUUUAAAAAGAAAAAAGCUUUAGAAAUAACUAUUGCAUAAAACUCUCAGCAGCUGGGGUGAGGGUAUUGAUCCUGUCUUUAUCUUAUGUAUAUGAUAAUAUAUAAAUGAGCAAUAAAGCUUUGUUGCUGAUUAAUGGGCCCGUUGCAGAUUCAUGUGUAAUUCUCUGCAGUGGAGGUGGAUUUACUUUUACAUUUCUAGUCAUAUCUGAGUUGCAGGGGAGUUUGGCUCUUUUUGUAGAUUUGUGUACCUAUGGUUGUCAUAGAUACAAAAAGGGUCAAACGACAACAACUCCCUGAGACAAUGAGACAUGUGGGACGGUGCAGGGCAGAUGGUUUGGAGAAAUGUCCUCUCAGCAGCUUUAUCAAUGCAUUUGCUUUAAUGUGAGCAUUUUCUAAAUUGCCUUUUAGGUUGCAGUGGAAAUACAUCCAGGAAGUCAUAAUGACUUAUACUUAUUUUCCCUUUUCUCUUAUCUACAAGAAUAAUUCAAUGCAAUCUUCUUGGGGAAUAUGUCAUUUUAAAGUGUGUCAUGUAAAAAAAACAAGGCAUUGUAGCGUUAACACUGUUCAUGUAACACUCGCUUUUUCAAUUGUGUCACAAUUUUGGAAUUCCUGCUUAAUGUCCAGUUUGUUUUGUUAAUCAUUAAAAUUCCUUUUUUUUAAACUC